CGCAGUUGCCGGCCGUAACUCCUCAACUCGGCAGCUGGCUGCCUGGACAUGUCCUGACAAACUUGGCUUCUCCUCGAGACCUUCUCUUCUCUCUCCAGACCUCGUGCAGCGCGCUCUCUCUCCACCUCUUUUGGUGCUCAAACUUUCCCCGGGUCAGAAGCCACUGGAAAUGAGACCACCUGAGUCCCGACAGCACUGGAGGCUCGCACUCUGGUUGGGGAUAUGCUGAAGAUUGAUCCAAGGGAGGCAAAGUUGGUGCUUCGAGCCCGGCUCCUAACAGAAAUCCAAACGGCGUGGGAUUUACCCAACUGCCGGGGACUGUAAGGAAGAGCAUCGAGGACCGGGCUGCUGUGGGUCAAGGAAGAUGGACUAUUUAGAGGAUGUCCGUGGAACUUGAACUGCACUUCUCUUCAUAUGAAGGCAAUUCGCUCGAAGCCAAAAAGGUGGCCAGGAGUUAAACAAUGGGGAGACACUUGGCCUUGCUUCUGCUUCUGCUCCUCUUUCUCCAGCAUUUUGGAGAUAGUGAUGGAAGCCAAAGACUUGAACCCACCCCGCCUCUACAGUUUACACACUUCCAGUACAAUGUCACUGUGCAUGAAAACUCUGCAGCAAAAACCUACGUUGGCCACCCUAGAAAGAUGGGCAUCUACAUCUUAGACUCCUCAUGGGAAAUAAGGUACAAAAUCAUCUCAGGAGACAGCGAAAACCUGUUCAAAGCGGAAGAGUAUGUUCUUGGAGACUUUUGCUUUCUAAGAAUAAGGACCAAAGGAGGAAACACAGCUAUCCUUAAUAGAGAAGUGCGAGACCAUUACACACUGAUAAUCAAAGCCGUUGAAAAGAACACCAAUGCCGAGGCCAGAACAAAGGUCAGGGUGCAAGUGCUGGAUACAAACGACUUGAGGCCAUUGUUCUCGCCCACCUCUUACAGUGUUUCCUUGCCCGAAAACACAGCCAUAAGGACCAGUAUUGCAAGAGUCAGUGCCACGGACGCGGAUAUCGGAACCAACGGUGAAUUUUACUACAGUUUUAAAGACCGAACCGACAUGUUUGCUAUCCACCCAACCAGUGGCGUGGUUGUUUUGACUGGCAGGCUUGAUUUCCUAGAGACCCAGCUCUAUGAGCUGGAGAUCCGGGCUGUGGACCGGGGAAUGAAAUUGUACGGUAGCAGUGGGAUCAGCAGCAUGGCCAAGCUGACGAUUCACGUGGAACAGGCCAAUGAGUGUGCGCCCGUGAUAACGGCGGUGACAUUAUCACCCUCUGAGCUGGAGAAGGACCCAACAUACGCUAUUGUCACUGUGGAGGACUGUGAUCAGGGUGCCAAUGGGGAGAUUGCGUCUUUAAGCAUUGUGGCUGGCGACCUUCUUCAGCAGUUCAAAACAGUGAGGUCUUUCCCAGGGAGUAAAACAUUCAAAGUCAAAGCCGUCGGGGCCAUCGAUUGGGAUAGUCAUCCUUAUGGCUACAACCUGACACUACAGGCUAAAGACAAAGGGACUCCUCCCCAGUUUUCCCCCGUGAAAGUCAUCCAUGUCAUUUCUCCCCAGUUCAGAGCUGGGCCGGUCAAGUUUGAAACGGAUGUUUACAGAGCUGAGGUCAGUGAGUUUGCUCCUCCACAUACACCCGUGGUCCUAAUCAAAGCCAUCCCUAGCUAUUCCCACCUGAGGUAUGUUUUUAAAAGCACCCCUGCAAGAGCUAAAUUCAGUUUAAAUCCCAACACGGGACUCAUUUCCAUUUUAGAACCCAUUAAAAGGCAACACACAUCCCACUUUGACCUUGAAGUGAUGACAAGUGACAGAAAAGCCUCCACCAGAGUCGUGGUGAGCGUUGUAGGUACGAACAGCAAUCCCCCUGAGUUUACACAGACCUCGUACAAAGCCUCCUUCGAUGAGAAUGCACCCGUUGGUACGACAGUGAUGAGGGUGAGCGCAGUAGACCCAGAUGAGGGUGAAAAUGGCUACGUGACUUACAGUAUUGCAAACUUAAAUCAUGUGCCGUUUGUCAUUGACCACUUUACCGGUUCCGUGAGUACCUCUGAGGACCUGGACUAUGAGCUCAUGCCUCGAGUUUACACGCUAAGGAUUCGCGCUUCCGACUGGGGUUUGCCCUACCGCCGGGAAGUUGAGGUCCUUGCCACGAUCACUCUCAACAAUCUGAAUGACAACACCCCCUUGUUUGAGAAGAUAAACUGUGAAGGGACAAUUCCCAGAGACCUAGGUGUGGGGGAGCAGAUAACCACAGUUUCUGCUAUUGAUGCUGACGAGCUUCAGUUGGUGCGCUACCAGAUUGAAGCUGGUAAUGAGUUGGAUUUGUUUGGCUUAAACCCCAGCUCUGGGGUACUGUCAUUAAAGCACUCACUAAUGGAUGGCUUGGGUGCAAAGGUUUCUUUUCACAGUUUGAGAAUUACAGCUACAGAUGGAGAAAAUUUUGCCACACCGUUAUACAUCAACCUGACGGUGGCUGCCAGCCGCAAGCCAGUGAACUUGCAGUGCGAAGAGACUGGUGUUGCCAAAAUGCUGGCAGAGAAACUUCUGCAGGCGAAUAAAUUACACAACCAGGGGGAGGUGGAGGAUAUUUUCUUCGAUUCUCACUCGGUCAACGCCCACGCCCCACAGUUCAGGAGUGCUCUUCCAACUGGAAUUGAGGUAAAGGAGAACCUCCCUGUGGGUGCCAACAUAGCUUUCAUGAAUGCCACUGACCUGGACUCGGGCUUCAAUGGAAAACUUGUCUAUGCUAUUUCUGGAGGAAAUGAUGACAGUUGCUUUACUAUUGACAUGGAAUCAGGAAUGCUUCAAGUCUUAUCUCCACUUGACCGGGAAGUCACAGACAAAUACACCCUGAACAUUACUGUGUAUGACCUCGGUAUACCUCAGAGGGCUGCGUGGCGUCUUCUGGAUGUCACAGUUCUGGAUGCUAAUGAUAAUCCCCCCGAGUUUUUACAGGAGAGUUACUUUGUUGAAGUGAGUGAAGACAAGGAGGUAAAUAGUGAGAUCAUCCAGGUGGAAGCCACCGAUAAGGAUCUGGGCCCCAGUGGACAUGUGACAUACUCCAUCCUCACAGACACAGAUAAGUUUUCAAUUGACAGCGCGACUGGUGUGGUGAGAAUCAUCCAACCUUUGGAUCGUGAAGUACAGCCUGUGCAUUACUUGAAGAUUGAGGCCAGGGACCAGGCCACAGAAGAACCUCGGUUGUUCUCCACUGUGCUGUUGAAAGUGUCACUAGACGAUGUUAAUGACAAUCCACCUAAGUUCAUUCCACCUAACUACUCUGUGAAGGUUCGAGAAGAUUUGCCGGAAGGAACCAUAAUCAUGUGGUUAGAAGCCUAUGACCCUGAUGUAGGUCAGUCCAGUCAGGUGAGAUACAGUCUCCUGGACCAUGGAGAAGGCCACUUUGAUGUGGAUAAACUCAGUGGAGCUGUGCGAAUUGUUCAGCAGCUGGACUUUGAGAAGAAGCAAGUGUAUAAUCUCACCAUAAGGGCCAAAGACAAAGGGAAGCCAGUGUCCCUGUCUUCCACUUGCUAUGUGGAAGUUGAGGUCGUUGAUAUGAACGAGAACUUACACACUCCAGUGUUCUCCAGCUUCGUGGAAAAGGGUGUAGUGAAAGAAGAUGUCCCUACCGGCUCAUCAGUGAUGACCGUGUCAGCUCACGAUGAGGACACUGGGAGAGAUGGAGAGAUCCGGUAUUCCAUUAGAGAUGGUUCCGGUGUUGGUGUCUUCAGGAUAGAUGAAGUAACAGGUGUUAUAGAGACUUCAGAUCGACUGGACAGGGAAUCAACUUCCCACUACUGGCUCACAGUCUAUGCCGCGGAUCAGGGUGUGGUACCCCUGUCAUCCUUCAUAGAGGUCUACAUAGAGGUGGAGGAUGUCAAUGACAACGCCCCGCAGACAUCAGAGCCUGUGUACUAUCCAGAAAUAAUAGAAAAUUCACCCAAGGAUGUAUCCGUGGUCCAGAUUGAGGCAUUCGACCCCGAUUCUAGCUCCAGUGACAAGCUGACAUACAAAAUUACAAGUGGAAAUCCACAAGGAUUCUUCUCAAUACAUCCGAAAACAGGCCUCAUCACAACCACGUCGAGGAAGCUGGACCGGGAGCAGCAGGAUGAGCACAUACUAGAAGUGACUGUGACAGACAACGGUACGCCCCCCAGAUCCACCAUUGCAAGAGUAAUCGUGAAAAUCCUUGAUGAGAAUGACAACAAGCCCCAGUUCCUGCAGAAAUUUUACAAAAUCAGGCUCCCAGAGCGAGAAAAAGCAGACGGAGAGAGAAGCUCGAAGCGGGAGCCCCUGUACCGCGUCAUAGCUGCGGAUAAGGAUGAAGGGCCCAAUGCUGAGCUCUCCUACAGCAUCGAGGAAGGGAACGAGCAUGGCAGGUUUUCCAUCGAACCCAAAACCGGAGUGGUUUCAUCCAAAAAGUUCUCCGCAGCUGGGGAAUACGAUAUUCUUUCAAUUAAGGCAACUGACAACGGCCACCCUCAGAAGUCAUCAACCACCAGACUCCACAUUGAGUGGAUCUCCAAACCCAAGCCAUCUUUGGAGCCUAUUUCAUUUGAAGAGUCGGUUUUCACAUUCACCGUCAUGGAAAGUGAUCCGGUGGCUCACAUGAUUGGGGUGAUAGGGGUGGAGCCCCCUGGCAUGCCUCUGUGGUUUGACAUCAUUGGAGACACACUUGCUAGAGAAGUCUUUUACGUCUUUCAGAUGACUUGUGACCUGAACUGUACAGCAGAAGGUGGCAACUAUGACAGUCACUUUGAUGUCGACAAGGGCACGGGCACCAUCAUUGUUGCCAAACCCCUUGAUGCAGAACAGAAAUCCAGCUAUAACCUCACAGUAGAGGCGACAGAUGGAACCACCACUAUCCUCACUCAGGUUCUCAUCAAAGUAAUAGAUACAAAUGACCACCGCCCUCAGUUUUCUACAUCAAAAUAUGAAGUCACUGUUCCGGAAGACACAGAGCCGGAAACGGAGAUUUUGCAAAUCAGUGCCGUGGAUAAGGAUGAGAAAAACAAACUGAUCUACACUCUGCAGAGCAGCAUCGACCCAGUGAGUCUCAAGAAGUUCCGCCUGGAUCCUGCAACUGGCGCUCUCUACACGUCUGAGAAGCUUGACCACGAGGCCAUUCACCAGCACGUGCUCACGGUCAUGGUACGGGACCAGGAUGUGCCCGUGAAACGCAACUUUGCCAGGAUCGUUGUUAACGUCAGUGACAUGAAUGACCAUGCCCCGUGGUUCACCAGUUCCUCCUAUGAAGGCCGGGUUUAUGAAUCGGCAGCUGUUGGCUCAGUUGUAUUGCAGGUUACAGCUCUGGACAAAGACAAAGGAAAAAACGCUGAAGUGCUGUACUCAAUUGAAUCAGGAAACAUUGGAAAUUCUUUUACAAUCGACCCCAUCUUGGGCUCUAUAAAAACUGCCAGAGAAUUAGAUCGAAGUAACCAAGUGGAGUAUGAUUUAAUAGUCAAAGCUACAGAUCGAGGCAAUCCACCCAUGAGUGAAAUGACCUCUGUGCAUGUCGCUGUCACUGUGGCUGAUAAUGCCUCCCCAAAGUUCACGUCCAAGGAAUAUUCCGUUGAAAUCAGCGAAGCCGUCGGCAUUGGGACUUUCGUUGGGAUGGUCUCUGCUCACAGUCAGUCAUCAGUGAUGUAUGAGAUCAAAGACGGGAACAUAGGCGACGCCUUUGACAUCAAUCCACAUUCCGGAAGCAUCGUCACCCAGAAAGCCUUGGAUUUUGAAACCCUGUCCAUUUAUACACUGACAGUACAAGGGACCAACAUGGCCGGCUUGUCGGCCAAUACAACUGUUAUAGUGCAUAUGCAGGAUGAGAACGACAACCCACCAGUUUUCACACGGACAGAGUAUUCAGGAUUCGUUAGCGAGUCAGCUUCAGUCAGCAGUGUGGUUCUGACAGAUAGAAAUGUGCCACUAGUGAUUCGAGCAACGGAUGCCGACAGGGAAUCCAAUGCUCUGCUCGUUUAUCAGAUCGUUGAGCCGUCUGUGCACAACUAUUUUGCUAUUGAUGCUACCACCGGUGCUAUUCACACGGUACUGAGUCUGGACUAUGAAGAAACCCAUGUUUUUCACUUCACUGUUCAAGUGCACGACAUGGGCACUCCACGUCUGUUUGCUGAGUGUGCAGCCAACGUGACUAUUCAUGUAAUUGACAUCAAUGACUGCCCUCCUGUCUUCUCUAAGCCAUUGUAUGAAGCAUCUCUCUUGUUGCCAACAUACAAAGGAGUGAAAAUCAUCACCGUGAAUGCCACAGAUGCCGAUUCCAGGCCAUUCUCACAGCUAAUAUACUCCAUCACCGAAGGCAACAUUGGAGAGAAGUUCUCAAUGGACUACAAGACGGGCACAAUAACAAUACAAAACACAACCCAGCUGCGAAGCCGCUAUGAGCUAACCAUCCGAGCCUCUGACGGCAGGUUUGCAAGCAUGACCUCUGUGAAAAUCAAUGUGAAAGAAAGCAGAGAGAGUCCACUCAAGUUUACCCAAGAUUUCUACUCUGCCGUUGUGAAAGAGAACACCACAGAAACCAAAACAUUAGCUGUCAUUACUGCUGUAGGGAACCCGAUCAAUGAGCCUUUGUUUUAUCGCAUCCUCAACCCGGAUCGCAGAUUUAAAGUCAGCCACACUUCGGGCGUGCUGUCAACCACUGGGGUACCAUUUGAUCGAGAGCAGCAGGAAGCGUUUGAUGUGGUGGUGGAGGUGACAAAGGAACAUGAGCCGUCAGCAGUGGCCCAUGUUGUGGUGAAAGUCACCAUAGAAGACCAAAAUGAUAACGCGCCGGUGUUUGUCAACCUUCCCUACUAUGCUGUCGUGAAGGUGGAUGCCGAGGUGGGCCACGUCAUUCGCUAUGUCACUGCCAUCGACAGAGACAGUGGCAGAAACGGUGAGGUACACUACUAUCUUAAGGAGCACCAUGACCACUUUCAGAUCGGCCCCUCUGGCGACAUUUCUCUGAAAAAGCAAUUUGAGCAUGACACGUUAAAUAAAGAGUACCUUGUCACGGUGGUUGCCAAGGAUGGGGGAAGCCCAGCUUUCUCUGCUGAAGUUCUAGUUCCCAUCUCUGUCAUGAACAAAGCCAUGCCUGUGUUUGAAAAGGCUUUCUACAGUGCAGAGAUUCCAGAGAACAUCCAGAUGCACAGCCCAGUGGUCCACGUCCAAGCCAACAGCCCAGAAGGAUUGAAAGUGUUCUACAGCAUCGCAGACGGAGACCCUUUUAGUCAGUUUACUAUUAACUUCAACACUGGGGUGAUAAAUGUCAUAGCACCGCUGGAUUUUGAGUCCCACCCAGCCUAUAAACUGAGCAUACGGGCAACUGACUCCCUUACUGGCGCUCACGCUGAAGUGUUUGUUGACAUCAUCGUGGAAGACAUCAAUGAUAACCCUCCUGUGUUUGUGCAGCAGUCUUACGCCACAACCCUGUCGGAAGCAGCUGUCAUUGGAACACCUGUCCUUCAAGUGAAAGCAACAGAUUCUGAUUCAGAACCCAACAGAGGAAUUUCCUACCAGAUGUUUGGAAAUCAUAGCAAAGGUCACGAUCACUUUCACAUAGAUAGUAACACUGGGCUCAUUUCACUAGUGAGGGCUUUGGAUUAUGAACAGUUCCAGCAGCACAAGGUUUUUAUAAGGGCUGUUGAUGGAGGAAUGCCCCCACUGAGCAGUGAUGUGAUUGUCACCGUGGAUGUCACUGACCUCAAUGAUAAUCCACCUCUGUUUGAACAACAGAUUUAUGAAGCCAAAAUUAGUGAGCACGCAGCCCAUGGGCAUUUUGUGAUGUGCGUGAAAGCCUGCGAUGCAGACAGUUCAGACCUAGACAAGCUAGAAUAUUCUAUUCUGUCUGGCAAUGAUCAUAAAAGCUUUGUCAUCGACAGUGAAACGGGGAUUAUCACGCUCUCAAACCUGCGCCGACACACCCUGAAGCCGUUUUACAAUCUCAAUGUUUCUGUGUCUGAUGGGGUUUUUCGAAGUUCGGCUCAGGUGCAUGUGACUGUGAUGGGAGGCAAUUUGCACAGUCCUGUUUUCCUUCAGAACGAAUAUGAAGCGGAACUGGCUGAGAAUGCUCCCUUACAUACCCUGGUGGUCCAGGUGAAGGCAAUGGACAGGGAUUCUGGAAUUUACAGUCACAUAACUUACCAUAUUGUAAAUGACUUUGCUAAAGACAGGUUUUAUGUGAACGACAGAGGGCAGAUAUUCACUUUGGAAAAGCUCGAUCGAGAGACCCCCGCAGAAAAAGUCAUCUCUAUCCGUUUAAUGGCAAAGGAUACUGGAGGGAAAGUUGCUUUCUGCACCGUAAAUGUCAUUCUUACCGAUGACAAUGAUAACGCACCCCAGUUUCGCUCGACCAAGUAUGAAGUGAACAUUGGAUCCAGCGCUGCCAAAGGGACGUCAGUCGUUAAAGUCUUUGCAAGUGAUGCUGAUGAGGGCUCCAAUGCUGAUGUCACCUACGCCAUCGAGGCAGAUUCUGAAAGUGUGAAGGAGAAUUUGGAAAUUAACAAACUGACUGGCCUAAUUACCACAAAGGAAAGUUUAGUCGGCUUAGAGAAUGAAUUCUUCACUUUCUUCGUUAGAGCUGUGGAUAACGGGUCUCCGCCCAGAGAAUCUGUUGUUCCCGUCUAUGUUAGGAUACUUCCACCGGAAAUGCAGCUUCCAAGGUUCUCAGAGCCCUUUUAUACCUAUGCCAUUUCAGAAGACAUGCCCAUUGGGACAGAAAUUGACCUCAUUCGGGUAGAACACAGCAGGGCCGUUCUUUACACCCUAGUCAAAGGCAACACUCCCGAGAGUAACAGAGAUGAGUUCUUUGUGAUUGACAAGCAGAGUGGGAGACUGAAACUGGAGAAGAGUCUUGACCAUGAGACCACUAAGUGGUAUCAGUUUUCCAUCCUGGCCAGGUGCACUGUGGAUGACUAUGAGGUGGUGGCUUCAAUAGAUGUUAGUAUCCAAGUGAAAGAUGUAAAUGAUAACAGCCCAGUUUUGGAGUCCAAUCCAUAUGAGGCGUUUAUUGUUGAGAACCUGCCAGGGGGAAGUAGAGUCAUCCAGAUCAGGGCGUCGGACCUAGACUCAGGAACCAACGGCCAAGUCAUGUACAGUCUAGAUCAGUCCCAAGGUGCAGACAUCAUCGAAUCUUUUGCCAUUAACAUGGAAACCGGCUGGAUUACAACCCUGAAGGAGCUGGACCACGAAGAGAGAGCCAGUUACCAGAUUAAAGUCAUUGCAUCGGAUCACGGGGAAAAGGUUCAGCUGUCUUCCACGGCCAUUGUGGAUGUCACUGUCACUGACGUCAAUGACAGCCCGCCACGAUUCACAGCUGAGAUUUACAAAGGGACGGUGAGUGAGGACGACCCUCCAGGUGGAGUGAUCGCCAUCUUAAGCACCACUGAUGCCGACUCUGAGGAGAUUAACAGACAAGUGACAUACUACAUAACAGGAGGGGAUGCUCUGGGACAAUUUGCUGUUGAAAAUAUACAAAAUGAAUGGAAGGUCUAUGUGAAGAAACCCCUGGACAGGGAACAAAAGGACAGUUACCUUCUGACCAUCACAGCAACCGACGGGACCUUCUCUUCCAAAGCCAGGGUUGAAGUGAAAGUCCUCGACGCCAAUGACAACAGUCCAGUGUGUGAGAAGACUUUAUAUUCUGACACCAUUCCUGAAGACGCCCUUCCUGGGAAGCUGGUCAUGCAGGUCUCUGCCACAGAUGCAGAUAUCCGGUCCAACGCGGAGAUUACUUAUACUUUAUUUGGUUCAGGUGCAGAAAAGUUCAAACUAAAUCCAGACACAGGUGAAUUGAGAACAUUAGACCCCCUUGAUCGUGAGGAGCAAGCCGUUUAUAAUCUCCUUGUCAAGGCCACCGAUGGAGGGGGACGAUCCUGUCAAGCUACUGUUGUGCUCACGGUGGAAGACAUGAAUGAUAAUGCCCCUGAAUUCACUGCUGAUCCAUACACCAUCACCGUGUUUGAAAACACAGAGCCUGGGACACUGUUGACCAGAGUGCAGGCCACUGAUGCAGAUGCAGGACUGAAUCGAAAGAUCUCCUACUCACUGAUCGACUCUGCUGAUGGCCAGUUCUCCAUUAAUGAGGCGUCUGGAAUUAUCCAAUUAGAAAAGCAUUUGGAUAGAGAACAGCAGGCAGUGUAUACUCUCACUGUGAAAGCCGUGGACCAAGGAUUGCCCAGGAAGUUGACAGCUACCGGCACUGUGGUUGUGUCGGUUUUGGAUAUAAAUGACAACCCACCUGUGUUUGAGUACCGUGAGUACGGUGCCACCGUGUCUGAGGACAUUCUCAUCGGAACAGAAGUUCUCCAGGUGUAUGCAGCAAGUCGGGAUAUUGAAGCCAAUGCAGAAAUCACCUACUCAAUAAUAAGUGGAAAUGAACAUGGAAAAUUCAGCAUAGAUUCUAAAACAGGGGCCAUAUUUGUCAUUGAGAACCUGGAUUAUGAAAGUUCCCAUGAAUAUUACCUGACCGUGGAAGCCACUGACGGAGGCACGCCCUCCUUAAGUGAUGUGGCGACUGUGAGCAUCAACGUCACAGACAUCAAUGAUAACACCCCAGUGUUCAGCCAAGACACCUACACCACGGUGGUCGGGGAAGACGCGGCUCUUGAGCAGUCUGUCAUUACAAUUAUGGCUGAUGACGCUGAUGGACCUUCCAACAGUCACAUCCACUACUCGAUUAUAGAAGGUAACCAAGGAAGUCCAUUUACAAUUGACCCCGUCAGAGGAGAAGUGAAAGUAACCAAGCCCCUAGACCGGGAAACGAUCUCAGGUUAUACACUUACGGUGCAAGCUUCUGACAACGGCAAUCCACCCAGAGUCAACACGACCACAGUGAAUAUCGAUGUGUCUGACGUCAACGACAAUGCGCCUCUCUUCUCCAGAGACAACUACAGUGUCAUCAUCCAGGAAAACAAGCCAGUGGGUUUCAGCGUCCUGAAGCUAGUAGUUACGGACAAGGACUCUUCUCACAAUGGCCCCCCCUUCUUCUUUACUAUUGUCAAUGGCAAUGAGGACAACACCUUUGAAGUGAACCAGCACGGGGUCCUCCUGACGGCGGCUGCCAUCAAGAGGAAAGAGAAGGACCAUUACCUUCUGCAUGUUAAGGUGGCUGAUAAUGGAAAACCUCAGCUGUCCUCGUUGACACAUAUUGACAUUAGGGUUAUAGAGGAAAGCAUCCAUCCUCCGGCCAUCUUACCACUAGAGAUUUUCAUCACUGCUUUUGGAGAGGAAUACUCGGGUGGGGUCAUAGGGAAGAUCCAUGCAACUGACCAGGACGUGUACGACACACUGACAUACAGUCUGGAUCCCCACAUGGACGGCCUGUUCUCUGUUUCCAGCGCGGGGGGUAAGCUGAUUGCACACAGAAAACUGGAUAUAGGCCAGUACAUUCUUAAUGUCAGCGUAACAGAUGGGAAAUUUACAACGGUGGCUGACAUCACCGUGCAUAUCCAACAAGUGACCCAGGAGAUGCUGAACCACACCAUUGCCAUUCGCUUCGCCAACCUCACCCCAGAGGAAUUCGUCGGUGACUACUGGCGGAACUUCCAGCGAGCUUUACGGAACAUCCUGGGUGUUAGGAAGAAUGACAUACAGAUCAUCAGCUUGCAGCCCUCCGAGCCACACUCGCAUCUAGAUGUCUUACUCUUUGUAGAGAAAUCAGGUAGUACGCAGGUUUCAACAAAACAGCUUCUGCACAAGAUCAAUUCUUCCGUGACCGACAUUGAGGAGAUCAUUGGCGUGAGGAUACUGGACGUGUUCCAGAAGCUCUGUGCAGGGCUGGACUGUCCGUGGAAGUUCUGUGACGAGAAGGUGUCUGUGGAUGAAAGCAUUAUGUCCACUCACAGCACAGCCAGGCUGAGCUUUGUGACUCCCCGACACCAUAGGACAGCUGUGUGUCUCUGCAAAGAUGGGAAGUGCCCACCUGUCCACCAUGGGUGCGAAGACAAUCCAUGCCCUGCAGGAACUGAGUGUGUUCUUGACCCCAGAGACGAGAAGUACAGCUGUGUGUGUCCCGGGGGCGGGUUUGGUAAAUGUCCAGGGAGUUCAUCCAUAACCUUUACCGGAAACAGCUUUGUGAAAUACCGUCUGAUGGAGAACGAAAACAAAUUAGAGAUGAAAUUGAGCAUGAGGCUGAGAACCUAUUCUUCCCAUGCAGUUGUCAUGUAUGCGCGAGGGACUGACUACAGUAUCCUGGAGAUUCAUGCUGGAAGACUGCAGUACAAAUUUGACUGUGGAAGUGGCCCUGGGAUUGUCUCUGUUCAAAGCAUUCAAGUCAAUGAUGGGCAGUGGCAUGCAGUGUCCCUUGAAGUGGAGGGCAAUUAUGCCAAAUUGGUUCUAGAUGAAGUUCAUACUGCAUCAGGCACAGCCCCAGGCGCCCUGAAAACCCUGAACCUGGAUAACUAUGUGUUUUUUGGUGGCCACCUCCGCCAGCCAGGAGGGAAACACGGAAGAAGCACCCAAAUUGCCAAUGGUUUCCGGGGCUGCAUGGACUCUAUUUAUUUGAAUGGGCAGGAGCUGCCUUUGACUAACAAACCAAGAGCCUACGCGCACAUCGAAGAAUGGGUAGAUGUAUCUCAUGGAUGCCUAUUAACAGCCACGGAAGACUGCUCUAGUAACCCUUGUCAAAAUGGAGGCACUUGUAACCCCUCACCUACUGGAGGUUAUUACUGCAAGUGCAGUGCGUUAUACAUAGGGAUAUACUGUGAGGUGAGCAUCAACCCGUGCUCCUCCAACCCCUGCCUCUACGGCGGAACGUGCGUGGUGGACAACGGAGGCUUUGUUUGCCAGUGUAGGGGGCUGUACACUGGCCAGAGAUGUCAGCUUAGUCCAUACUGCAAAGAUGAACCCUGUAAAAAUGGUGGAACAUGUUUUGACAGUUUGGAUGGUGCUGUCUGUCAAUGUGACUCAGGCUUUAGGGGAGAAAGAUGUCAGAGUGAUGUCGAUGAAUGUGCCGGGAACCCCUGUCGGAACGGGGCCCUUUGUGAGAACACACAUGGCUCCUAUCAUUGUAACUGCAGCCAGGAGUACAGAGGGAAGAACUGUGAAGACGCCACUCCCAACCAGUAUGUGUCCACUCCGUGGAACAUCGGCCUGGCCGAAGGAAUAGGAAUCAUCGUGUUCAUAGCCGGGAUAUUCUUGCUGGUGGUGGUGUUUGUCCUCUGCCGGAAGAUGAUCAACCGGAAGAAGAAACCCCAGGCUGAGCCUGAGGACAAACGUUUGGGACCAACGACGGCUUUCUUACAGAGGCCUUACUUUGAUUCUAAGCUGAACAAGAACAUUUACUCUGACAUACCACCCCAGGUGCCUGUCCGGCCUAUUUCCUACACUCCAAGCAUUCCAAGUGACUCUAGAAACAAUCUUGACCGAAAUUCCUUUGAGGGCUCGGCCAUCCCAGAGCAUCCAGAAUUUAGUACUUUUAACCCCGAGUCUAUGCAUGGGCACCGAAAAGCUGUGGCCGUGUGCAGCGUAGCUCCAAAUUUGCCUCCACCACCACCUUCCAACUCUCCUUCAGACAGUGACUCCAUACAGAAGCCUAGCUGGGACUUUGACUAUGACGCCAAAGUGGUGGAUCUCGAUCCUUGUCUUUCCAAGAAGCCCCUGGAGGAGAAGCCCUCGCAGCCCUACAGUGCCCGCGAGAGCCUGUCCGAGGUGCAGUCCCUCAGCUCCUUCCAGUCAGAGUCCUGUGACGACAAUGCUUCCAUAGUGACUGUAAUACACCUUGUCAACACUGUCGUUGACACGGUGACUAAAGAAGAAUCUUUGGCUGCUCCUGACCUCAGCAAACCAAGAGGGUACCACUGGGACACAUCAGACUGGAUGCCGAGUGUUCCCCUGCCAGACAUACAAGAGUUCCCCAAUUAUGAAGUCAUUGACGAGCACACACCCCUGUACUCGGCAGAUCCAAAUGCCAUUGAUACUGACUAUUACCCUGGGGGUUAUGACAUUGAAAGUGAUUUCCCACCCCCUCCAGAGGACUUCCCUGCGCCUGACGAGCUGCCACCAUUGCCUCCAGAAUUCAGCGACCAGUUCGAGUCCAUACACCCACCCAGAGACAUGCCUGCUGCAGGUAGCUUGGGAUCUUCCUCCAGAAGUCGGCAGAGGUUCAACCUGAAUCAGUAUCUGCCCAGUUUCUACCCCGUCGAUAUGUCUGAACCUCAAAAACAAGGCACUGGUGAGAACAGUAUGUGUAGAGAACCCUACGCCCCCUACCCUCCAGGGUAUCAAAGGAACUUCGAAGCCCCCACUAUGGAAAACAUGCCCAUGUCUGUGUACACCUCCACAGCAUCCUGCUCCGAUGUGUCAGCAUGCUGUGAAGUGGAAUCCGAGGUCAUGAUGAGUGACUACGAGAGUGGCGAUGAUGGCCACUUUGAAGAAGUGACAAUUCCGCCACUGGAUUCCCAGCAGCAUACAGAGGUGUGACACUCAGACUCCUCCCCAAAGUGCCUGGACCUUAACGAACCUAGAGAUGGUAUCGAUGAUCUCCGCGUUGUUCUUUGCAGCGGUCUUACGCGCUUCUCAGUGAGCUGCCGUGGGCGUGGCUGCAUGGAAUCACACGCCUCUUGACUUGCUAGCCAUUUCCGGUGUCCUAACCGACUGUACUUGAUGGGGUUCUCAUCGCCAGUGCCAUUUCUGAGCGUCUUUUCGUAUCUAGAUGUGUGUCUGUUAAAAUAAUGAAACCGAAAUCAGUCCUGUCAUCCUGUUAGCAUGAUUCAUGUAUUUAUAUAGAUUCGAUUAUUUUAAUUUUGCUUUUUGUGUGUGUGUGUGUGUAAAUUUUCUGUACAGAUUUGAUUUUUUUUUUCUUCUUUCAUAGUUUUAACUACGUUUUGAGAACGCAUUGUGCAUUUGUUUUCCUCUGGAUCUGGGUGGUGUUAGUGUCGUCCGUCGCCUAGCACCCUGAUUUUCUAAUGUAACCAGGGUUUCACUGUGUUCCUUCCCACUGAAGUAUGACAUUUCAUUAACGCAUUUCAGUCCAGCCAUUUAUUUCUAGCUGUACAUACAAAGUGAGGAAGACCUGUUACUGGACAUGUCUUAAAUGGGUUGCUGUAUUAGGAUUGUAAACAUUUUUCAUUAUUGGAAAGUGUAAAGGGGACCUUCUGCAUACCUGUUUAGAACCAAAACCACCAUGACACAGUUUUUAUAGUGUCUGUAUAUUUGUGAUGCAAUGGUCUUGUAAAGGUUUUUACUGAAAACUAUCAUUAGCCAGCCUUUCUUACUGACAAUAAAUUAUUAAUAAAAUACUUUAGCUUUA